GGACAGGAGACGGGACGAAUCCCUAACUGUUUAUUUCUUUAUCCGCGCCCAGCUGUCGCCUGUCCACCAAAUAGCUUUAUUUAAAUGAAUGUAUAACUAAUUAAUAUAUAAUUAAGAUUCUCCUUAUAUUGCACAGCAACCAUUCUGUUGUCACGUACCUCUCCUCGGCGUACUCUCUGCGGCUCACUGAGCAUCGCACGCAAUUACGCACGCCGACUUAACCAGAACAAAGGUACAUCCAUUGCUUUUAAUAACAUUGCAUUAUCGUCUGCAACUGCAAAGAGCCACACACGCAAGUCAGAUACUACGCCCAUACAACCACAGACUAUCAUACCGACAUCAGAAGGCAACAUGCACCAGCACCCUGACGCAUUCGACUCUAGUGAUAGCGACGAUGAUUUCAGUCGGAUCCUAUACGAACAAAUGAAAGCAGAGUCACGGCGACCGUCCAAAGCAUUGCUGCCUGGUGCCACGCUACAACAUGUAGCAGACUACAUAAAAUCGGGCAAAUGCAAACGCAUUGUAGUCCUGCAAGGUGCAGGUGUCAGUACAUCUGCAGGCAUACCCGACUUUAGAGGCCCUAAGGGUUUGUAUAGUCAAUUGGAGAAGUACCAACUGCCGUAUCCGGAAGCUAUAUUCGAUAUUGGGUUCUUUGAGAAAAACCCCGUUCCUUUCUUCUCCUUAGCCAAGUCGCUGUUCCCUGGUAACUUCAAGCCAACGUAUACACACUUCUUUGUGCGCAUGCUGCAAGAGAAGAGUCUCCUGAAGAGAUGCUUUACACAGAACAUCGACGCGUUAGAAAGGAGAGCCGGCAUUGACCCUGAACUCACGGUGGAAGCGCAUGGAAGCUUCGCCAGUGGCACAUGCAUGGAUUGCGGGAAAGGGUAUCCCCAGGACUACGUAUACGGGUUUGUUAAUAAUGAUCAACUGCCCUGCUGUGCGGAGUCCAAGUGUGAGGGUGUUGUUAAGCCUGAUAUUGUGUUCUUCGGAGAGAACUUACCUGCGCGUUUCGACGAGCGCGCCAAUGAAGACUUCGACGAAUGCGACUUGCUACUGAUUAUGGGAACGUCGCUCAAGGUAGCGCCUUUCAGCCACCUGUGCACAUUUGUGGACAAGACGUGUGUACGGCUGAUGCUCAACCUGGAGGUGCCCAAAGUCCCCUUCUUUGACUGGUCGAGCAAACUAAACCGAGAUGUUCGGUACCUGGGCACGUGCGAUGAAGGCUGUCGCCAGUUGACCGCCAUGCUGGGUUGGGAAGACGAGCUGAAUGAACUCAUAGAGCUGCACAUGGCCACUCUAAAUAAAGAAGAUGAAGAUGAAUAUCUGGAGCGUUCGGAAUCCUCGAACAAUUUUCUACCGCCGGAAACUGCACACCGGGACAAUGCACCAGACAAGGACAGUGACGCAGACGCCCAACUACAGGUCGAGAGCGAGUCCGUUCUGCGUGUCAACACUACAGGCACAGGCACAACCAUUGAACAGAGCACUACGACCAUACUGCAAAAGCAGUCGUCUACUACGUCUGUGUCAAGUGUCACGUCGGUGGAACAUGGAAGUGGUAACGAGGAAGAGGGGGGGGUGGAGUCUAAACUGGACGACCUCAGAAAUAAGGUUAAGGGACUGAAGAUCUCUGAAGAAACAAUCAAUAUCCCCAGGUGAUGCACUACACUGGCACCGUAUAGUCCUGUGAGACUGUAGAUUACACUUAAAUUUUAAAUUAUUAUUAAAAACCGGAUUGACUCCCG